AUGGCCUACUACGAUUACUACCGCCGGCGCAACCCUACCUCUUGGGGUCGUCCAGAAUACAUACUCGACUCGCCCCCUGCUCCAGGCUAUCAGCCGCAACCGCAAUGGCGAGGUUAUGACUACUACCGCGCUCACUAUGGGAACUCUUACGAUCCCUCUGCAUUUGACUCUGUCCUCGGCCGCAUUCGCUCUCACUUCCGAUCUCCCAUCUCUCGUCGGGAUGCUCAAACCUGGCAUCAACGUGUCUAUAGCGGACUUGUCGAUGUUGCGACAAUGACGCCCGCCGAGAUUGGUGCAGCAGCUGGAUACGAAGCAUGGCGAUUCUGGGAGCAUCACCGCGGAAUCUAUAGACAGCCAUUGAUGGAUGACCAUGAACGCGAGACUGAGGCUUUGGUUGGUUUGGCUGUUGGAGAAGCUGAGAAACUGUGGGACUAUACCAGGAGGCACCGUGGUGAUUUCUCCAAGCGCGAGGCAUUGGAAGUGGCAGCUGCCGUGGCAAUGAAACUCUUCCGCAAAGGUGGUGGUGGUGGAUAUUAUGACCAGCGUUCACGCUAUGAAGAACCCUUCCGCAUGGACGGGCGCUAUCCAAGCUCUCACCACCGUCAUCGCCGCGGAUCGUCCAUUUCCCCCGACGGAUUCUCCGACGGCCUCGAUUCGAGCGACUAUGAAUACCAACUUGACCCCACACUUGCGAGCGCUUACUCGCCUCUAUGGCUGGCGGGAUCCCGAUUGCUGGGUCCAGUUAUGGCGGGGACGGGUACCACCACCACCACCACCGUCGAAGGGCCUCGUCGUUCUACGGCCAGCGACCUCAACAGCUCGGAACCUCGCCAUACAUUGGUGAAUCUGCACUGUCUACCUCUCCCAGUAUAG